AUCGAAUCGUGACCUCCUGGUUCAUAGGCUGACGUUCAUCCACAGAGCCACGCCUUGCAUCCAGGCAGGAACACCACCUUGCUCUUAUCCAAGGAUUUGCCAUUCUCCACCUCCAGCAUGCAAAGCUGGGCUGGAGUGAACACUUCUUUACUGUACCGUGAAUUUGCUCAAACCAUCUCUAUCCCCAUUCUUUCUGGUUUUCGUGGAUUUACCAGCUGCCUGGGCACCCCCCACUCACUCUCCUCACUGCUCCCUGGCUCCCUAGUCCUGCAUGAAGCUCAUAGGCUUCUUAUGUUCCUCUAGGACCAGCUCCAGCAGAAGAUCAUGUGCCCCGGGCCUGUUACCUGUCUGACCACAUCGCCCAACGGCCUCUACAUGUUGGCAGGGAUUGCAGAGAGCAUAUACCUAUGGGAGACCAAGUGUCGAGGCUGCAUUUGAAGCCCCUCACAGCUGGCCUGGAAGACUGUGACGUCCUGCGGUGACAGUCAGCAUGAGGAGCUGCUCCGGAAAGGACCAGCUCCCUCACCAGCUUUGUCACUCCCACCCAUUCCUUUUCUGGAUGCUGUCGUCAUACCACCCUUCUCCCUGCCCCUGGGCAGACUCUCCCUUCACCUCAGUAACCUGCCAAUUGUGGGGCCCGGCACUGCACCCUGCAUCCUGCCCUGACCUGCGUGUGCCCUGCCUUCCCCAGGUCUCCACAGGGAACCUCCUGGUCAUCCUGAGCCGCCACUACCAGGACAUCUCCUGCCUGCAGUUCACAGGGGACAGCAGCCACUUCCUCUCGGGCGGCAAGGACUGCCUGGUGCUGGUGUGGAGCCUGUGCAGCGUGCUGCAGGUGGACUCCUCCAGGACCCCAGCCCCCCGGCAUGUUUGGUCCCACCAUACCCUCCCCAUCACAGACAUGCACUGUGGCUUCGGGGGUCCCUUGGCCCGGGUGGCCACAGCAUCGCUGGACCAGACGGUGAAGCUGUGGGAGAUCUCCUCGGGCGAGCUGCUGCUCUCUGUGCUCUUCGACGUGGGCAUUAUGGCCGUGACCAUGGACCUAGCUGAGCAUCACAUGUUCUGCGGUGGCAGUGAGGGCUCCAUCUUCCAGGUCGACCUCUGCACCUGGCCUGGACAGAGCGAGAAGAGCUUCCAGUCGGAACAGGACAGCGGGAAGGUGUUCAAAGGCCACAGGAACCAGGUGACCUGCCUGUCAGUGUCCACUGAUGGCAGCGUGCUGCUCUCCGGCUCACAUGACGAGACCGUGCGCGUCUGGGACAUCCAGAGCAAGCAGUGCAUCAGGACAGUGACCCUCAAAGGUCCCGUGACCAACGCCUUCAUUAUGCUGGCGCCGGUCAGCAUGCUGAGCUCCGACUUCCGGCCCAGCCUGCCCCUGCCACACUUCAACAAGCACCUGCUGGGCGCUGAGCAUGGGGAUGAGCAGCGCCGCGGGGGCCUUACUCUGCGCCUGGGCCUCCACCAGCAGGGAUCGGAGCCCAGCUACCUGGAGCGAGCAGAGCAGCUGCACAUGGUAAUGUGCAGCACAAUGGAAAAGAAUGUGCUGGGCGGCCAGGACCAGCUGCGGAUCCGAAUCACGGAAUUGGAAGACGAGGUGCAAAACCUGCGCAAGAUCAAUCGAGACCUGUUUGACUUCUCCACGCGCAUCAUUACCCGGCCUACAAAAUAGUGCAAGGACCAGACUCCUACCCAGGGACAGGCCGGCAGAGCCACCCAUCCUGGGGCCACUGGGCCAAAGCCCCCAGACCAACAGCACUGUUACAAGCUCUCCUUUCCCUGGUUCCGCGUUUGGAUUGUUACUUGCAUGAGGGGUCGUUUUGUCCGUGUUGAUCCACUCGUGUCUGUUGUGUCCAGUUGGUGCUAUUUUGUUAACAAAAGAUCUAAAAGUCUGUCCUC